AUGAGACCGCAACAGCCCCAACAACAACCGUUGCAACAAAUGCAUGUUGCAAAUGUACAAAACACGGCAAAUGGUGUUCCAACAGCACCACCACUCGCUACAUUUCUUCAACAAACAAUUAAUGAUUUACAAAGGGAUAAGACAAAUUUAACCCGACAAGUCGAACAAUUAACACAAGCUAAUAAUACUCUACAAGCUGAAAGUUUACGAAUUAAUGGUCAAUAUGAACAAUUACGACACGACCAUGAAGAACUAAAAAAAAAUUUUCAUAUUCUUUUGCUCAAGGUGAAGAUCCUUGAAGAAUCAAAACAGGAACCUAAAGACGGCGGUGGUAAAGGAGAUGAUAAUGGUACGGGAGUUGGUGGUAUUCGAUCAUGA